CUCUCUCUCUCUCUCUCUCUCACACACACACACAAGGUCACAAACCUCCAUUAAUGGCGAAACACCGAGCGUCAGUGUUUCUCGCUCUACUCUCUCUCUCCUCCCUUCUCCUCCACCACACCUCCUUCUCCGCCACCGCCGAUCCUCACUUCGAAGGCUUCGACGCCGACGACGAUCUCGAUCUCGACGACGACUCACUCUCCGGCAUCCCCCGCCGUACUCCUCCUCCUCCCACCGCCUUAUCCUCCGCUGAUCCGGAAUCUCACCACGGCGUUCCUAACUCACCGUCCGCCGUCUCAUCUCCGCCGGUUAACUCCGAUCUCACCACCAAACCCUCACUUUCACCUUCCGCAUUUGAUUUUUGGGAUGAAGACGAGUUUGAAGGCUUUCCUACCGAUAUUCCACCGCCGGAAGUCUCCAUAACCUCGCCGGCGAACGAUACCGAGGCGGCUCCGGCUCCGGCACCGGCGAAGAAGAAUAUUGGAUCGUAUGCUGUUGAGAUAAUAUGUGUAUUAAUAUUAGUUCUAUACGGUGUUAAUUAUUUCAUAGGGAAGAAUGAGAAUGAAACCCUAGCCCUAGCUUGGGCGGAGAAGUUUGCAACACCGGCCUCGAUUUUCGAUAAGAAUUUUAGCUUGUUAGGCGUAGGAGAAGGCGAGGAUUCGCCGUUGUUGUUGAAGGAAGGGCAGAAUGUGUUUAAGUUUUACGCGAGUGGAAGGAGGUUUUGUCAAGGAGUGUUGGGGACAAUGGAGCUUAAAAGCCGGCAUGAUUUGAUGGCGAAGGUGUAUAAUAUGGUUGUGCCGUGUAAGGAUGAGAUGACGUUUGAGGUUUAUAUGAAUGAUGAUGCGAUGGAUCAUGUGGUUUUUGCGUUGGCGAAGAAGAAGGUGGUGAAAGGGAUGUUGAAGGAGGUGAGGGAUCUGCAGAGGUUUGGGAGUUUGAUGGCUGUGCCUGGGAAUAGGAAAUGGGUUGCGGAUGAGCUGAGUGUUGUUACGGAGUCUAAGGAAGUGGCUGGAGAUUUGAUCACUGAAGCUGUUCUUGAUCAGGUAUUUGGUGAAAAAGCAUUUGAGAAAUUUGGGAAGUUGUUUAUCUCAAUGCAUUUCUCUGAUCAGCAUAAUAGCAGCCACAGGAGGGUUUUAAUAUUUAAAUUUGCUCUACCUGCUGCUGACCACAUGGCUGACAUCACCCGUCUCGUGGCUCUAAUACCCUAUUACAUCGACUUUAUUGGACGUUACAAACUGAGUUCACAGGCUCGAUCCAAACCGGAAGCAGCCAGAGCGAAACUUGCACAAGAAGUUUACAAGGAGCUGCAAUAUGCAAGACAAGAAGCCAUUCAGAGAAAGAAGGCAGAGAAAAAGAAGAUGAUGGAAGAGGCUGAGUCAAAGCUUAAUGCCGAGGCUUUACGCAAGAAAGAAACAAAAGAACGCGCUCGACAGUUGAAGAAAGCAAUGCCCAAAAUUAAGAUGUCUCGUGGUGCUUAAAUCUUUUUGGAGCUCCCAUGUAUUCAGGUCACUUUAUAUAGUUUGCAUACGGUUAAUUUAUAUAUUUUGUAUACGGUUAACAGUUGCAUAGUUCAUCUUUAGCUAACAACUACUAUUAGUUUUGCCAAGCAUACCCAUUAGGAAUUGCGCUUAAGCUGUUGAUGGACUCAAUUUGGAUUCUUAUCAUUCUUUUUGAGCCUUGUGAAUGUAAGAGCUAGUAUUUAUCUA